UGAUUCUAUUCAGAGCAUACAGAAACGCUUGACGAGUGACAGAUUAUGGUACAUAUUUUUAUUCAUUUUUCCUUCUGGAAACGUAUUGUGGUCCAGGAAUUGUGACACUUUCCACAAGUGGUCAAAAUUAAGGGGGUUUCCAGGUUAAGAUUAGCUUGUUGUAGAGAUGGCAUCGACACCCACCCCAGUAGGAGUUGAUCGAAGUGAUAGGAUCCACCGACAUUCCUCUUAUGGAACAAUUACUGAUCUUGGUAGUGCAGGGGUACAGGAUCAGUCGUAUUCCAGGUCAAGUGACAUCUUCUGCGAUGGUGCUUUUGGGAAUUGUGGAAGGUGUCGAUUUAUCCUCCCUCGAGCUUCUUCGGAGUUAGGACGCAUCCUGAGACUGACAGCGCUGCAGUGAUUACUGGAUGCAGUGCGUAUUCCUGACCAGCUUGCUCUUUGUUUCCAGGCUACUUUGCUGCAGAACCUGAAUGUCAUAGUUAGUUUUGCAAAUGCCUCACGUGUGUGACGCAUGAGCUUCAGAAAAUAUUUCCUCUAGGCGUGAAGUUCACUAGACUUUGCAAAUGGAAUGGCCGAUCAGUAGUGCGAUAGCUAAAUCGAUUCCAGCUCUGUUCUCUUCUCUGUCUGCACCCCGACAUACCACAUCAGACUCUUUUCUUCAAAGCCUGCCACCUCGCUCUCUCAGCUCCUCAAGCUACUCGGUCAUGUGCCAUCUACUUGUGGCUAGUUCAUAGCAGUUGGAUGUUGAAGGACCUUGUAAACUUUGUCUGCGCCACGGCCAUGGUUUGUUCUACCAGAUUCAUUGCAAACGAUGUCUCGUCUAACUGAUAAAUCACGACUCGUAGGUUUGGUAGAGUUCCUUGAGAGAAGAUUCUAACUAACCUGAUCUGUGCAAUACUGGAGGCGUAUUCAGCCAUUCUGGCAGUUCUUUGAAUGUUGUUGCAAGGUGCUGGAGAGACAACGGUCUGUAAUGAGUGUAUCGAUCUCAGUGAGCCUCCUCAAUCUGAACCCUUCAGUGGCCAGUUUAUUGCCUUUGUGUGGAUAGGACAUGCUUUCUUUAGUGAGUCGCCCUUGCAGUCGUUCUGCUGCACUACCAACGAGUCAUGGUUAAGGGUCAGGUGUUACAAACCUACACUUACUGAUGCGAUUGCUGCUCUGAGUGUAACCGUGUAACUUCCCAGUAGUUCAUCGUAACGUGAAAUGUAGCUUCAGUGAUUUGAGAACCAAGUACUGUAGUAGUGAAAGCCAUGGCGUUGCAUGACUUGUUGGUCGGCAGCGCUGCACAUACCAAGCGGAAGUGGGAUACGAACUUGAUGUCUGGAGCGGUAAAGAAAGAGAAAAUUCGGUCAGGAAUUUUGGACGAACAACUGGAGAGUGUCGGGGGAGCUUGUAUGCGCUGUUUAGCUCCGGCUUUCACUUAUCUUUGCAAAUCGUGUGUGUCCUCCUUAUCUGAUGACAAUCCGGACCACCAUGAUUCUUCGGGAAUUCACCUGCACACGAGGCGAUCAGACAAUCUUGCUGCCCAGGAAAGCUUCUGCCGCCCCGAUUCGAAAACCUGGAACCAGCCACAGAAUUCGUCCUCGCUUUCGACAGGGAGUAUGGUUUCCUGCAAUCCGGCGCAGUUGAUCUAUCAAGAAACUAGCUGGCAUCAGCUUUCUCACUUGCAUCAUCAUUUGGAGUUGUCAUCGCUGGAGUAUGGAAACCUCCAGCCGCCGUUUCUGAAGUCCCCAACAUUACCGGUAGCAGUCUCUCUUGUGUCAGGUCUGGAGGAUGUGGCCACAAGCCAUGACUAUGGGAUCGGUGCCGUGGUGGGACAGCACACCCUCUUUGGCAAUCUACACCCCUCGAGGCAUUUCUUGGAUUUUCCUUCGAAGGUGAUAGUGGGACAGUGUGAGCCUGCGCCGAGUAAACGGCAACAACAGUUACUGUCUGCCAAUUCGUCUUGCGCUGUGGGUAGUGUCACAGCGGAGACAGCUUACACCAACAACACUUCCGAGGCCAGUAGCCAACGAGGCCCAUUUUCUGUUGCACUUCAGAACGUUUACUCGAGCUCACAAGUUUCUACAUUAGAUUCGGAAGAUCUUCGUGUUGGUCAUGGAAGGUUUGGAUCUGGGUCGCACAUUGGGCACCACCCAUAUGCUUACGCUUCUGCGGUAACCGAAGAAGCAAGGCCAGAAGCAGAGCAUCAAUAUUUGUCUGGGAGCGCCAUGGAGAAUGCUACCUGUAGUGAAGGUUCACCAGAACUGGUCACAAGGCGAGCGUACAGAGGGGUUAGGAAACGACCAUGGGGGCGGUGGUCAGCGGAGAUUCGUGACAAGAUUGGGAAAUGCAGGCAUUGGCUCGGCACGUUUGAUACAGCUGAAGACGCAGCAAGAGCGUACGACGCCGCCGCAAGGAGGUUGCGUGGUGCGAAGGCGCGCACCAAUUUCGAACUGCCUGCUACCCUCUUGUCGCCUCCUCCAGCUGAAUCGCCUGAUUUGCUUCCAGGGGAAACCAUGCACGCUCGUGCUUCUAGGCUCUUACUUAAGCCUGGUUUCCCUCUCUCUCGUUCCACCUCAGCAAACUCGAAGCAUGGACAACCUACUCCUGCUGAUGCUGCUAAAUUUCAUGCUCAAGCAACGGAAGAAACCAAGCCAGCGUCCAACACAUCCCCUAUGCCUUCUGGCCAAGCUGUGGUGUGCCAGGGGUCGAACGGCAUGUCGGAGUUAGAUCUUUCUAAUGGAUAUGGCAGCCCAAAGUCAUGCUCCAGCCUGGACAGUACGCAGGAGUCGUCUGCCACUUACAAUCCAUCCGAAGCUGGAACUCAUUUCCCUCCCUCUAGACUUUUCCCAUCGUCACGAUUCUCCGCGGUGGACUCUCAUCCCGGGAGAUCUUGAAUGCCUUGUGCCGCCCUACUUCGAAUUUCCAAGACUGAUGGGUCCUCUUGAAAGAGCUUGUUUUUGUCUUUCGUCAGAUGUGGGUGAAGAAGUUCAUAGCAGGAUUGUAGCAUAUGAAGCGAGAUUUGCGUCUGCUGGCGAAUGUCUUAUUAUAGCCCAAAAUGGUCCAAAUGUGGAACUUGGCGGAGGUAAUGUCACCGAUAGCAAUCAUAGUAUUUCUAGGCUCAUUUGCUCCAUUGCAGUUGUAUGGAUCUCAUGUAUGCAAAUUUAGAGCUCCAAAAUCAUCUUCCCAGUGAGAGGGCACUUCGAUA